CGGCGCGGCUCCGCCCCGGGGUUGCCUUUUCCUUAGAAGGCGAAGCCCCAAGCCUCGCCUCUCCCCAGCGGAGAGUCACCCCGCGCCCCCCGACGGCGCCGCCGAAGCCCCAGGAGUGCGCGAGGAGCCCGCGCGCUUCGAGGUGCAGCCCGGCUCAGACGCACACAGGGCGCGCGUCCUCGUGGAUUUGAAUGGAAGGAUCGAGAUCGGCGGAGACGGCGGCGAGCAGACCCUGAAGCCAGAACUCCUUCCCGGCCCCUGUGCCCGCGACAUGCGGCGGGAGAGGUGCGGCGCCCCUCGCCCGCGUCCCCGCCAUGGAGGUGCUGCGGCGGUCCUCGGUUUUGGCCGCGGAGAUCAUGGACGCCUUGGACCGCUCGCCCACCGACAAGGAGCUGGUGGCUCAGGCUAAGGCGCUCGGCAGGGAGUUCGUGCACGCGCGGCUGCUGCGCGCCGGCCUGGCCUGGAGCGCGCCGGAGCGCGUCCCGCCCGCCCCGGGCGGCCGCCUGGCAGAGGUGUGCACCGUGCUGCUGCGCUUGGGGGAUGAGCUGGAGCUGAUUCGGCCCAGCGUGUACCGCAACGUGGCCCGCCAGCUGAGCCUCUCCCUGCAGUCCGAGAGCGCGGUGACGGAGGCCUUUCUGGCCGUGGCCGCCCAGAUCUUCGUCGCAGGCAUCACGUGGGGCAAGGUGGUGUCCCUGUACUUGGUGGCCGCGGGGCUGGCCGCGGACUGUGUGCGGCAGGCGCAGCCGGCCUUGGUCCACGCCCUGGUCGACUGCCUGGGGGAGUUCGUGCGCAAGACCCUGGCGGCCUGGCUGCGCAGGCAGGGCGGAUGGACCGACAUCCUCAAGUGCGUGGUCAGCAGCGAACCCGGCUUCCGCUCCCAUUGGCUCGUGGCGGCGCUCUGCGGCUUCGGCCGCUUCCUGAAGGCCGCCUUCUUCGUGCUGCUGUCGGACAGAUGAGCCCUGGUCCCGGACCCCGGCCCUCGGCUGAAGCACCGCCCUCCUCCCCCCGAGUCCCUCCUGUGCUCGCCCGGGCCCUCAGGAAUGCCUGGAGCUGGCCUGCAGCGCCCCCCUGUGGUCCCGCCUCAUGCGCCCCACAAGGUCAGGGUCGCCUCCCAGGCCGGAAGGAAGGCAGCCAGGAGCACCAAGCCCCCCCGCCCCCCAUGCCGGGGUCCCGUCCACAAAAGGGGGCCACGUCAGGACCUGAGCCAGGAGGUGGCUGGGCCUGGCCAAGGCCAGAGGAGCCGAGAGGCCUCACUGGCCGCACAGACGCUGUCGCUGGGACCGUGUCCCCGCCUGUGGCCGCGUCCUGGGCGGCACCUGGACCUGGGAGGGCACCGGCCCUGACCAACAAGGACAGGGUGUGCGUUUGAGUCCAAUAAAGUGCCACGGCCACGGA